AUGAAGAAACAAAACAACAACAACACAAACGUUGAUGCAGACACAAACGGAAAGGACAUCGGAAAGGACAUCGGUGCAGCGGCAGGCAAAGGGGGUCAGGGAGCUAGAYGGAAAUUUAGCUUCCUCGACGCUCUCUCGCCAGAAGAACGGGCGCUGUUUGAGGAGCACGCUAGGGARGAUGACGAUGUGCCCUCUUGCAGCGGCGCUCGCCUGGGGGGAACGSCGGGUGCAGCCGUAGCAGCAACAAGUGCCACCAGGGCCCCCGCCGAAAGGUGUAGUGGGUCGGACUCAGGUGAGUCUCAUCGGGCAGGGCCCGGUGGUGGUCGUAAGAGAAAAAGGAGAAGGCGCGGAAGAGGUGGGCAACGCCCCCUCCCAGAAGCCGGUCARCCCGGUGGWUGCGAUGAUCCACGCAGGAAAGGGAUGAGCGGUUCCACUAUGAAUUGGUACCUGCAGAACCUCCGCGAUGGGAUGACCCCGGAGGUGGCAGAGGCUCUGGCCAGGAAGAAAGGCAACGCAACACCGGCAACGGAGCUCAAAAACGUGUCGGCUCGCGCGAAAGGUAAUGGAGGCAGCAACCGCGGCCCGAUCAGCACCACCCAGGCGUCAAGACGUGGCGACAGCAGGGCACUGCCCGCAGACACGUACGCCCAAGCCGCAAAGCGUAAGAGCGGCCAGAUCACGCCACAGGAGCCCCCCAGCUCUAAAAGGUUGAGGGGCACAGACCCAAAGGCACCCGGAGGGCAACGAUCUGGACCGGCUCCCCAACGGGUGGAGGAGGGGCGGCGGAGUUAUGCGGACGCUGUAAAAGGCAUUCGCAUGGCUGUACUGCCUCUCAGCUACCCGGUGGAGUCGCUUACACCGGAGGAGCUCACGGUGCUCCAAGAUCUCCUCAUGGAGGAGGUGUUCAGAGGGGACGACUAUGCGGCGUCCUUCCUGGGAGUUGAGUUUAGAGGAGGAAUGCUGCAGGUAGACUGCGUGGAUGAGGCGUCCGCUGRCUGGCUGAAGGAGUACGCUCCAAAGCUCGGAGGCUGGAAGGGUCCUGUCCUCUGCGCGAAGAGGGCGGAAGAUUUGCCAAUCAUGCACAGCAUGACAAUGUUCCUCCCUCGGUUCAGCACGGUGGUCAUACGGCCCAACAGGCCUGCAGCCACCGGGAGCAAGGGAGCAGCAACGCCASCAACUCUCCAGAAGAAGGUUGCGGACAGACCGACAGSGCCUGGAGCAGGCCCGGAGGCACUGGACAUGCAGGUGGACGUGGUGUCGGAGCAGCCAUGCGGUAGUAGGACUGAGAAGGCAGUGCUCUCGGCGACUACCGACGUUUCCAAAGAAGGUUGCUCAGAUGAGCUACCCUCCACACAGGAGCUCCUCGAAGAAUUAGGUGACCCAAUGGACAGCAGUACGGUGGACGGUGGGGAAGAGGAUCUGCCCUUCCUWKAACCCAUYCUGUAA